CAUAGACAGCCUUGUCCUGGGCUGAGGGGCUCACGUCCCUGAGAUUGGCUGUACAGUAGCUUGCAGCGCCGGUGGGGGAUGGCUUCGCUACAGUAGAAUCUGCCCUGAUUCGCUGGUGCUGGCAUCGCUGCCUUCUGAGCCACUUGGUGCUUUUUUCACUGUGCCUGACUUUCAACACCACGCCGCCCACCGACUCGACCAAAAUUUGAAGCUCACUUCAACACGCCGGAGCCUUCUCGGACGCUACUAUCGAGCCCGGCCGAAUGACGUCCAAAGAGGAUCCUGAAGAGCCGCAUUGAUACUUUCAUGAAUAAGGUGGACCGCUUCACUCGGGCCAAGCAAAUUUAAGCUAUUGAAGUUGUGCUGGAUGGGAAAUUGACUUGGGAAGGAGGCCUUCUGAUCUCGGCAGCUUGCUCUGUAGUGCUCGACUGCUCGAUUGUCAUUAUACAAUUCACAUGCAGGCAAACCUGAAGCGAAUACUAGAGGAUUCGACUGUGAUAUCAUUGUUGUUACAGUUGCAGCGGUGAAUUAGAGUGGUGGAACAGUGCAGCGAGCCGCGUCACAUUCUAUCAUUAACCCUUGACCCUCAUCCGAUCUAACCACACUCCAAUCCGCGCAAACGAAAACUUCCAUCUGCACAAUCCCGCAACAAUGGACACAAUACCGAACGAGUUCCCCAUCUCCUUGAGAUCAUGGCCCUCCUCCAAUAGCAACAACGCGCUCCCUUCCAUCAUCCAGCGCAUCAAUCUCGAAAGAGGGGGGUUCCGGAAUAUCACAGAGGAGAGUCUGCGUGAGGAAAUCGCUCGAGAAGAAUUGAACAAUGGAGACAAUGGCGAGAGCUCAAGUGAGGACGACGAGGAGCCAGAUAAGGCGAAGGAACUCAAUGCUGCGCGUGAGGAGUUCAUUGCAGAGCUUGAGUAUGCCCCCUAGGACAAAAUGAAGAGCUUGUGCUAACACCCUCGCAGACAAGCUCACCAGUCCUCGAUGGUCGCUCUAGAUUUCAUAUCUCUCCUCCUUUCGAAAGACGCCCCCGUACAAGCCAGCCUGUCCCUUUCUCCGCAUCUUCAGCAAAUGGUUGGCGUUAAGACCCUUGGGGCAGACAAACUGGCAGGUCCAAGGACAACAGAAGCACAGAAGCAAGACAAUCGGAAGGUUGCAAAGGGAUGGAAAGCCAGACAUCUCAACAAGACCGUUGACUCGAUACUGGCAUCUGCAACUAGAUUGGAGAAGGAAAUUGAGCACGAAACGAAGUACUGGGAGCAAGUUCUAGCUGUGAGUGAGAAGGGCUGGGCUAUCUGUAGAUUGCCAAACCAGAAACAUAUCUUAGGCGUCAGAUUUGGCUUCUCGGAAUCCUCGCCUGCUUUCAAGAGUCGAAGUCUUGCAGCAUUGAAUCGAACACUAGAUGGGUCUGUAUCUCUGGACCAAGGAUUGGCGGAAGCUCAACCAAAGAGCCUCAGAGUACGAGUCGAGGUUGAUGGCGUUUACACGGGAUCGUCUACACUUCCUAAAGCUGUUCCACACGACUCCCCAGUCGAGGCUCUCAUUCUACAGGCACGAAACACCAUAUUCUCCGAAGAACUUUGGCAAGAACUGAACCGUGAAACUCGAGUCCUGGAGCCCGUGAAAUCGAAAGAUGGCACUCUGAUAUAUCAACUCUCAGCAACCCGAACCAUGGUCCUGGAUCUCGUGCCUCUCGAAGAAGAGCCCGUUCAUAUCACUGGUCGUGAUGAUGCCAUUGCAGAAGGCAUAUUCCUCGCCUUAAGCAUUCUUCUGAGUUUCGCUCAUCGACAAGCUUACCGUCGUCGAGCUCAAAUACCACCUCCAAUCACCCUAGACAAACGGACAACGCCCCCUCUCAACAUUCUCAGACCGUUUAUCACUCGAGUCAAGCACCAAGAGAUGACAUCCGCACUUCGAGAUAUCCUCCGACCUCUCCACCGCGUCCUCUUCUCUCUUAAACUCGAAUCCCCUCCAACGUACACGCAAGUCCGCACCGUCUGGCCACCUCUCAACCAUCUCUCCAUCGCAGAACGCACAGUCCUAGCCCUCACCGAACGGCUCGAAGUAACAGCCACACUCACCAUAACACCCACAACAACCAUAACCAUCAAAGCCCAGACCCACUCCCACCCAACCAUCUACCCGCAAUUCUUCCUCUCCAUCUCACCCCCCACCUCCCCUUUACACAUAACCUGCCCGGCCCCACCACGCCUCGACACCCUCUCCUCAGUCCAGCAAUACAUCUACUACGCCACCUCCUGCACGCUCGCCUCCCUCUUCGUCCCCUCCCCGCACUCCCCCCUCUCAACACCACACCUCGAACCACCGGCCUCAUCACCCCACACCCUCCGCACGCCUAUCCAAGAAUGGGUACAGAGCACCACGCCUUCGGUCCUAACUAAACCACUCACCGCCUCCGCAAAGACAAAACAACUCGCUUUCACUAUCCGCUCCUCUCCUGCAGCCCUGUCCAGAGGCGGCGCCCGCACCAUCCUCCGCGUGCAAUGGGAAUGGGCCCGCGGCGACCUGUCUGGCGUCGAAAAGGUGCCUUUUCCGAGAGAUGGGUUGAGAAGUGAUCUCUGGGGUGAUGGGGAGAGGGCUGGGGCGGUGUUUUUUACGGAAAGGGAGAAGAUGUUUGGUGUGAAGGCUGUGGAGGGUGGUGAGACUAGUGGAGAGGGAGGUAGUGGUGGUGAGGGGAAGGAGGAAGAGAGCGGGACAAGCAAGAGGAAGAGAGGGUUGCAGGCGGAGGGGUAUUAUGAGUGGAUUGCUUGGGUGGGGGAGGAUGAUGAUGAUAAGGGGUUCUUUGAGGUUGUGAGGAGCUUGGGGAGUGUGGUUGAGAGUGCGGGGACUUUGAAGGAGGGCGAUAAGGAGGGUGAGAAGGAGAAGGAGAAGGAGAAGGAGAAGUAGAUUGGUUGAUAUAUUUAGUUUCGUGUAGACCUAGUCGUAUCAGAACGUAAUUAAAUCAGUGAGUAAAGAACAAGUCAGUCUAAC